AUGAUUUUUUUAUCCUCUUUCUUCAUAACUUUAUAUGCUUAGGCAUUACAUUCAAAUUACAAUGUAAUUCUGACCUAAGGAGAAACUUAUUCACUUUACAUGAAAGAAUUAUUUAAAAAUUAAACACAAAAUUUCAGUAUUAAGGAUUGCCCUGACAAUGUUUAUUUAAUUAAUGGAGUAAAUAAGUUAUCUGAAUAGAAUAACAGUAUUAUUAUAUUUAUUAUUUAUAUUAAACAUUUAUUUCAAUAUCCUCCACAUCCCCAUUAUUCUUACUAAUUACUUAAGUGAAUACAUUAAAUAUUUAUAAAUGGAAUUAUUCAUCUAUGAAUUCUACAUAUGUAAAUCUCAUAAAUUAAGUGGAAUUACCAUAAAAAAUUUGUUUAAAUUCCAUACUAUUAUAAGAGAAUUCAAUAAUAAUUGACUGCUACAAUUUAACUACUUUAAAUAUUUAUAUUUAUAAAGACAAUGUUUGGACUAUUGUUUACUCUAAUUUGGUUCAAUAAAUACCAAAAAAAACAGACCUUAAAUCAUUUACUAGUAAUUCAAUUAAUUCUAUUCUUUAUGCAAAAUAUUAUGAUGACUAUCAAAUUUUAACCUAAUUUUAAUUUAGUCAAAAUUUAUUAUAAAAUAUAUCCACUUGGAUAAAACCAUUUAUUAACUUUAUUGUUUCUGAUAAACUACAAUCUUAUAAUACAAUUUAUAUAUGGAAUAAUAGUUAGAUAUAUCUAUUAAAUCUUACUUAAUAAGGGUGGAACUUAACACAUAAUUUGUCUUUCGUUUAAAAUAUAAUAGCAGUUUAAAUAUUCAAUCCGUAAAGAAUAUUUUAUGAAUGUGAUAUUUUAUUAAUAAUCACAAUGUAAAAGACUUAUAAAUUAAUAAUGUGUAAUUAGAUAUCUUAUUAAUCAUAUAUUUAUUCAUAUACAUAAUUUAGUUUGUAAAAAUAACCAUAUGACUGGAUUAUUUAUACAUAAAUCAACCAAGUUUUCUUGAGUAAUUAGUUCUUAAUUUUAUAAUUAUUUGAUCUAAUUGAGAUUUAUUAAAUUAUAGAUUUGGAUUUUAAUUUAAUAGAAGGAUUUAAACUAAGUUCGUCAUCUACUCAAAUAUCGUUUGAUUAUAAUAGCAAUGUUUUAUUUAUAUUCAGUGAUACUUAGAUUUUAACAUAUUUUGUAGAUUAUCCUUAGAUAUAAUUCAUUGCUGAAUAGAAUUAAUCAAAUUAUCAAUUUAUUAUUAUAGGAAUUCCAUAUUAGAUAAAUUAAACUGAUGAUUAUUAAUGUUAAAAUUGUACGGUAGAAUUAAAUGUUAGUGUUCUUCCAAUUAAUGAUAAUUAAACAUAUUUAAUUUAUGAUGAGACUAGUAAAUAAAGUUAAAUUAUUUUUGAGAGUCAAAAUUACCACUAAUUCAUUUCAUAAAUCUCAGGUUCUCUCUUAACUGCAAAUUUCUCGGUAGAAAAUUCCACUUUGGGGAACUUUAAUGAUAUAACAUUUUAAAAUGUAAAUCUAAGCUUCAUAAANGAUCUAGUCACUGUAUUACAUGUGGACUGUAUCCUAUUUAAGGGGUACACCAAUGUUAAGUCUAAUUGA